UGGAGGAGCUGAUUCUGUUGACUGGUUGUGUUUCAAGUCUGUAACUUGAGGUUGAGGCUGUCUGGAAUCUGGAUUGUGGAGCGGUGCACGCUUCCGCCGCCGCUACGUAGAAAGAAUGGUGAAUGGUGAUUCCGGCCGAUCGGCGACCAGGCCUCAUUAAGCCUUCUAUCCAAACACUUCCUUUUAUCACUCUGCUGUCUCUAACAUUCGUCUCCUUCGAUUCACCUUUUAUAGAUGUAGUUGUAGUUGAGAACUAUGAUCCUUAUUAAGAAGAAACCGUUAGAUCGCCGAUUUCCAUUUCACCUAACUACCUUAUUGGUUUCCUUGAACCCCAUCAAACAAUUUUCUUCCUCUUCUUCUGCGAGCAGUGAUGUGCACGCCCAAAACUUGGAUUCUAAAUUGAGAUCUCUCUGCGCUCAACCUUGCCCUAAUUCAGUUUUAGUUGAGGCGGUGCGCCUCUUCGAGCAUGGCGUUAAUGAUUUGGGGCAAAUCCCUUCUUCAUCUACUUGCAAUUUUCUUGUUGCAACUCUCGCAAAGAACAAGGCAUAUGGACUUGCAUUUGAUGUGUAUGAUAAAAUUACCCAUCAAUUUACUCCUAGUUUUUUAACUUUAGCUGCUUUGGUUGAAAUUUUCGUCCACAAUCACAAGCCUGAACUAGCAAUUUCUGUAUUUGGGUUAAUUUUGAAGCGAGGGUUUGUGAUCAAUGUGUACCUUUUCAAUCUGUUGCUGAAGGGUUUCUGUGAAAAUGGGAUGGUUCAUAAGGGGGUGGAGCUCUUCUGUGGGUUGGAUAGGAAAAUGGUGUGUCCUGAUAUAGUUAGUUAUAAUACCCUCAUUAAAGGGCUUUGCAAGGCAAGAAAUUUGCAGGAGGCUUUGGAGUUGAAGGCUGGUAUGGAAAAUGCAAAUCUUGCUCCCAAUUCAUUGACAUAUACUAUAUUGAUGGAUGGCUUUUGCAUGGAGGGCAGGGUGGAUGAAGCUAUGGGAUUGGUGGAGGAGAUGAGGACCAAGGGUUUGGAACUCAAUGUGUUUGCUUACAGCAUAAUGAUAAAUGGACUUUGCAGUCGAGGGAAUGUGAAAGAAGGCAAAGAACUUUUUAAUGGGAUGCUAGGGAAAGGGGUUUCACCAAAUGUAGUUACCUAUACCUCUUUGAUAAAUGGGUUAUGUAAGCUGGGUCAGCUGGAAGAAACCAUUACGACGUUCAAUGCUAUGUUGGAGCACGGAGUGCAGCCUGAUGUUGUCACAUUUACAGGUAUAAUUGAUGGGCUUUGCAAAGAUGGAAAAGCGGAGAAAGCGUUGAAGUUGUUCAAUGUGAUGCUGGGGAAGGGUAUAGUUCCUGGAAAUAUAACCUACAAUGUUCUGCUUCGAGGUCUAUGUGAUAAAGGGUUAUUGGCUGAUGCAUUUAAUAUUUUACAACUAAUGAUAGAGAAGGGUGAGAGGCCCAACCUGGUGACCUACAAUACAAUUCUGAGGGGGCUUUGCAACAAUGGGAAGGUAGAUGAUGCCAUGACACUUUUUCAUUCAAUGUUGACAGACAAAAGUUAUGUUGAACCAGAUGUUAGAACAGUGACUCUGCUGAUUCAUGGGCUUUGCCAAGAAAACCGUCUUGAUCUUGCUGCAGAUAUUCAUAAUAUGAUGAUUGAGAACAAUAAACUAGUUGAUGUGCAAACUUUUACCGUGCUUAUUGGAGCUUAUCUAAAGGCAGAUAAUUUCGGGAAAGCUAUGGAUAUUUGGAAGAAGAUGAUUGAAUUGGGUUUUACUCCAGAUUCAUUGGCCUACAGUGCCUUAAUCGAUGGAUUUUGUAAGUUAAAUAUGCUAAACAUUGCAAAGGGAAUUUUUGUAAUCAUGAGAGAUCGUGGAUGUUCUCCCACAGUGUUCGACUAUAACUCAGUCAUGGCGGCUUUGUGCAAGGAAAGCAGCUUGGAACAAGCAAGGAGGUUGUUUCAGGAGAUGUUAAAUGGAAAUUAUGAACCAGAUUCUGUCUCGUAUAAUAUUAUAAUUGACUCAGCUCUGAAAUCAGGAAAUUUAGAGUCUGCUGAAGAACUGCUUAACCAUAUGCUUCAAAGGGGUUUGAAUCCUGAUGCUUUCACCUUUUCCAUACUAAUAAAUAGGUUUUCAAAUCUAGGACGCAUUGAGGAAGCUAAAAAAUUGUUCAACAAAAUGGUUGCAUCUGGUUUCACACCCGACAUCUAUGUAUAUGAUUCUUUACUGAAGGGCUUUAGUUUGAAGGGAAAAACAGAUGAAAUAAUUCAAUUGCUCCAGCAAAUGGCUGUGAAGGGAAUUGUUUUAGACUCUAAAAUCACUUCUACUAUCUUAAGAUGUCUUUGUGACACUUCUGAAGAUCUCAAAUUGGUGGAGCUUCUACCAAAUUUUACAGAGGAACCAUCAAAAGAAAAUUGUGUUCCAUGUGAUGAAUUACUCUUAAAGAUCCAUGAGAUUCUUCCCAAGCUUCAGUCAUGCUCUACUUGAUUGAUACCUUUUCCCAAUAUACUUUUAUGAAGAAAUGUUAUUGGAGCAUGUAAGUCCUUGAAGUGAAGCAAGCAGGAAACGAGUGGCUCUACAUAGUGGAUGUCCAUCCAACAGCAAGACAGCCACUGCUGUUCUUCGUAAUGGAGCAGAUCAGUUCACUGAAGAAGCCUGAGAGAAGAUUCCAGGACACCAUUAUCAAUUGUUAGAAGAGCUAUGAAAUUGCUGGUGGCAGUGUUAUAAAUAUGGAGAUCAACUGAUAUUUGUGACACCAUGCUUGCACAAUAUAAAGGAAGUCCUCUGCCCUUUAUAAACUCGUAUGCAAAGCUCUCGACGAAGAUUAAAUAGGAUGCCCUAU